AUGGAAUUUUCAUCGCCACUUUCAUCUCUGUUUAAACGGAAAACGAGAGGGAGUAAUUCACCGACCAGCGAGACCAUUUCCCCCGAAACGAAGCGGUUGAAAGAGAGUGUGAAAGAAGACGAAGCGAACGCUCCACCCGCCAUUGUAUCGCCACCAAAGUCGAAGAACGAUUCUGAAGACGUAGUUCUGUCUGCCCUCAAUAUGGCACAAGAUUUCGCCUCCAAAGUGGACUUAAUAUUAUCAAAGUUAAGUCAACUGGAAAAUAUCGGCACACAAAUAAAUGUUUUACAGGACUCUGUGGAUCGAAUAAACCAAACGGUCGCAAACCUUCAAAGCGAAUUCCACCGCUUAAAGGAAGACGUACGAAAUACAGUCGAAGAAACAAAUACGCUUAAAACAAGCGUAAAAUUCCUGAAUGAUGAAGUGGAAACCAGUAGGAGAAAACUCCGAGAUGACGAAGAGAAGUCACGACAGGAGUUGGAUCACUUGCGUCUCCAACUCUUAAAUUAUGAAGUGUACAGCCGCCGCGAAAAUCUUCGUUUCUACGGCAUUCCAGAAAUCGAAGGGGAAGAGAAUACUGAACCCGUUUUGAAAGCUUUCUUGGAGAAAGAGUUAAAUGUGGAAAACGCCCAAUCUAUUGAGUUCCAAAGAGUCCACCGCGUCGGUAAAAAGGACCGAAACACAAGAAAACCCAGGGCCAUCAUAGCACGCUGUCUUCGCUUUAAAGAUCGAGAAAACCUCUUUUCUUGCCGACGCAACAUCGAUAGCCAGUCGAAUUUUGGUAUUGGCCCAGAUCUACCUAAGCAGGUGAUUGAUAUGAGGAAGAGGCUUAUUCCGAAGAUGGUACAAGUAAGAAAAGAUGGAAAACGGGCAGCCUUCAGUAGAACGGAACCCUAUAAACUCUUUAUUGACGGUGUGGAGGUAAAAUCAUAA